AUGGCAUCAUAUUUCUCUUCCCUCCUCACUACCACUACAUCGAGAGUUGCGUCUAUUCGGCAGAACCUUUUGCCUACAGAGAACGAUGGAGAUACAGAGGAUGACACCCAUCUCUGCCGCGUCCUCAGAGCCUACUACACCGAAAAAGGACGAUCAUUCCCCGGCUGGCUACCUCCCGAUCCAAAAGCCCCUCCCCCAGUCGUUGUCCAACCGGUGUAUGCACAAUCAUCAGUAGGGUCGCGAUAUGGAGGACUACAAAAUCAACCUGGCGGAGCAUCUGGCGGAGGACUGGCAAGUUUGUGGGAUAAGCAACCACAGCAGCAAAUCCAACCACAAGAACAACAGAGUCUCAGACAAGGACGAGGACAAGGAAGGAUGGCAGCGAGUGGACGAAACCCUUUUGCAAGUCAGAAUGCACCCCAGCCGCAGCAAGUUGUUCAAUCCCAGCCACUGCCCAGCCAGAAGGGAGGCAGCUACCAGCAGACGAUGUUUGGCAGAAAUGAUUCUACCCCUCCUGGAAGCUCUGGAGGACCUGCACCCAUGUCCUCUAGGCAGAGACUCGCCGCGCAGUUUAACAACAAGCCAGGUGCACAGCGCGCGAAUUCCUACGAAUCGAGCGGAUCUGCGGCGCCCCUUACAUCGGCGAACUCACCUUGGUCGAACAGUGGUGGCGGUUAUGAUGCUGGGGGAUACGAUGCUGGAGGCUAUGAUGCGGCACCGAGAAAUACAGGACGUCAAGGAUUGCCCAGUGGACCUGCAGCUGGCAGACGGGGACCUGGGCUUCCUAGUGGACCGAGGGGACCGCGGUAG